AUGAUGGCAUUCCUAAAUCUUCCCAAUGAGGUCCUAAUCCAGUGUAUUGAGUCUGCCGCGAGCACUGGAGACAUCUGCGCUUGGACUCGUGUCAGUAGAAGACUUUAUCAUCUCGCAAAUGACAUUCUGUAUGACUUCAACAUCAAAAACGACGGAGGCAGUGCCCUUUGUUGGGCAGCAAAACAUGGACAUGAAACCACGGUGCGAAUGAUGCUGGACCGAAAAGUAAACCCCAACAUCAAUCUUUUUCGGGAAUAUGACCGUUUUAGAUCCCUUUCGUCGAUGAUUGGACCUACUCCACUUUAUGAAGCGGCUUCUGAAGGCCAUGUAUCCGUCGUGAGGUUGUUGCUCGCAAAAGGAGCAGACCCUCAUAUAAAGACAUUGACGCGAGACCUGUUAGGAUACCAAUAUAAGCCUUCGAGUGAAUUGACGAAACCUGGGCGGUACAUCGUCUCUGGCUCUACACCACUUCAUGUGGUCGCCGCAAACAAUCAUCUUGAGGUUGCAGAGGCUUUACUCCAAGCUGGAGCUGAUCCUGAAGCCAAAACUUCGAUGCGUGAAAAUGCUCUUUUCUGCGCACUUCGCCUAAAACAUGAGAAAAUGGCACAGCUAAUAGCCAGUCAUUCAAAGAACCCAAAUGAUGUCUUUCGAAACCCCUGGGAUCGCGAAACUCCCCUUCAUCUCGCGUGCUCGGGGAAGCUCUGGAAUACGGCUCGAUUUUUGAUUAGUAAAGGUGCAAAUGUCAAUGCCGUUGACUGGGCCGGCCUCACCCCUCUCCAUUCUGCGCUAACGCCAGCUGACCCAUCGCGAUCCAACGACUGGCUCAACUGGAAUGAGUGGGAAGAACCUACUAUAGCUCCUGACCCUUUGGACGUCUUCAAGACAGUGCAGCUUUUGCUGUACCAUAAAGCCAUUCCCGAUCUCAAAACGAAUCGGUACCGUAAAGCUUGUUAUCUGGGCGUAAACCACGAAUACGCUCGAGUCCGAACACUAUUCUCAGCCUAUGCCAAAGACUAUGCUGAACAAUCCGUCCGGCCGAAGAAACUUAGGACUCAAGUAGGUCAUAAAUGGCACCCAAAUUCCAACAGCCCCAGAAGCCUACGUCAACACACGGAACAACCAAGACGCACCCGCCAAAAGGCCAAACAAUCCCAUGAAAAUGGCGGUCCAGCAGAGAUCACAGCAGAAGAUCUCUCGAACGAGCCUUCGAAACCGGCGAGGCGAGAUGCUGUAUGGUCGACCAAGGGUACCAAACAGCUUAUCGCUGGCUUCAAGGGUGAUAUCGUGCCAGUCAAUCCCUUGUCCAGAGAAAUAGGGAUAGGAUCAAGCGAUCGGCUUCCUCAAAAGCUGUGGUCAGAAGUUGCGGAGAAAGAUGGGAGCUUUUUGCAAAAAGGGGAAGAUCAGGAUCAUGUUGAGAGCGUCCAGGAAGAGGGAACGGCGUUGGGACCUAGGAAGGGAAAGGGUAGGAAGAAGUGGCAGCCCUUAGUGUUGUAA